CCAAAAGAACUGUCAGUAACGAUCUGGUUGCUUUAGCAUAUUGUCCUUUCUGGACAUCUCCUGUAGAGUUUCACAGAGGAAAAUCAACUUUCUAUAGUGCUUGUCAUACCAUCCUAUAGACUUUAAUAGGGAAUUCUAUCCCCGCUACAGAAUUCUACAGGACGGUUUAAAAAAACUAUGGAAAGGACCUUAUUCGCUAUUAAGCUCUGUAGGUUUGAGAGUCCUUUCUAUAGAAACUUCUUAAUUCCUUGUUAAAAUCUACAGGACAUUCCCAUAAGGACCCAGGUGCCCCAAACAUAUGCUUUACAAGAGGGAUUUUCAAACCCAAAUUGCUCAGAUGUCUGAAAAUCCCUUCCUACAAACAUAGAAUACAGUUCACUGCAGCUAGCAUGUCUGUCGGGCUCCAGGCAUGUGUCUGGUGAAGGAAUUGACUGCAGGAGGCAACUCCUCCAGUAAGAGUUUGCUGAGUAUGUAGCCCUGAUUCUGCUGCAAAUUGAUGACCUCUGGCAACUCCCCUAGACUUCAGCACCCUGGAGGGUCAGGCCCCAAAGGCUGCACCUAAAAUAACCCGGUGAUCAAGCAAAGCAAACAGUCUGCAGGUUGUCUGAACACAGAAGAGUUAAUUGCCCUGAGAGUUAUUUCUAGUAAGGUCUUUUUUUAAUUACUAAGGAUUAUAUUUAGUCCCCUAUGUGAACCCAAUUGAACAGGAGUCUCCAGUUACUUCUGAACCUGGCACAGCUCUGAUGCAUCAGCACCUGCCGCUGUUAUUUUGCUGAUCUAUAUUAACAACCAACAACAACCCAGACCAUAAUCUCCAGUAAGACCAGCCUAGUGCAUCUGAUUUUAUAGCUAUGAAGCUGACACUUCUGCAUCUCAUUGAUGUUCAGAUGCAGAUCCACAUGCUUUGAACCCAAUCAAGAAGAUCUUUCUUCACACAACUUUUUCUAAACAUGGAUGAGCUCGGAGCUGUCAGCUCCAAAGGCAGAUUUGGUUUCAAGCUCUGCAGAGACAGAAUUCAUUCUUGGCGUUGAGACAAGUUUGGCACCCACUUUGGGAAUGGUGUGGUUGGAUCCCUCCACUGUGAAAUGACUGUGUAAGUCAGUGUCAGAUGUACCCUUAACAGUCUCAGCUUUAUUUCACUAUGGCACUGAUGUUCGGAGAGCUGGGUAAAGCCUUUGGCAUUUGGAAACUGUGAAAUGCUCACAAGAACACACGUUACUUGCCACAGUACCCUGAGUACUUCCAAAGGCUGGCAACCUAUAACAGGUUUUGCUCUUUAUUAUGACCGUAUCAAACGGUGGGGAUGGAAAAUGCGCCCCCGGAGAAGAUCAGGUUCUCAAGUCCCAGGGGAAAUAGCACCAGCUCCAACAAAUAUAAAGAGGUGCCUGAGCUGCAUUUUCAAAUGGAAUCCUCUGAACCUAGCAUGUGCUGCAGGGAAUAAAAAAUGAUCCCCGCAGUGAAAAGAAAUACUGUCCAGUUCUCUAGGCCGGGGCAGCCCCCUGAGCCUGAUGGAUUAAGUGGGGAAGGGACCUUCAGUGACUCUGAAUGCAAAGAAGCUGCUUCAGAAAAGAACAGCCACACACCUAGCCAGUCCCCAGGAGACCCCCUAAAGGACACAUCGGACUCCUCUGUCUCCUCUUACCACACUGCUCUGUGCUCAGAGGGGGCUGAGAGUUUUAAGGACUGCGCGGAGUCUCUGGAAGACGAAGGGGACGCUCUGUUAACCCAGCCGCCUGAUGGUGACCCAGAUGAUGAAAGCGAUCUGCAUCGCAAGAACAAAACUGCACCGGUGAGCCUUCCUGAACGGAGCCCGGCUGGCAUGAAAGGGUUCUGGCCAGGCGCUUCUGAGGACACAGCGGAGCAGCUACAUGGGACGCCAAGCGAUUUUGACAAAGCCACAUGGGAGCUGCCUGAUAAGAACAGCAAAGGUGCUGGUGAUAUUUGUGCUGCUGGCUCUGCGGCCGUAGUUCAUUCAGCUUUAAAUAGAAGCCAGGCUUCAGGGGGGAGUUUAACAGCCACAGCUGAGAGGACCUUGAGCCCCCAGGCAGGCAGGGAGUGUGCCACAAGCAAUCAAGUUUGCAGACACAGAGGCUACCUCAGUGCCAAGGAGAAGCAACAGGUUCAGAUGUCAAUCACAGGCCCUGCUAAGAAUAGCUCUGCUCCAGGGUACAGCAGCAGGAUGGGUCUAGCCACAAGAGAGCUGCAGCCUGGAGGCGGUGGGUCUAAAUAUUUGGAUCCACCUUUACGAUUCAAUGCACCGAAACCCAGGGAGAUGUUCCUCAAAGCGCGCAAUACGAAAGGCAGCAGAGCUCCUGUGAUUAGCAAGGCCUCCUACCCCCAGUAUUGCGCUGAGAACUCCAGCGCUGGGAGCGACUCCGAAGAGGCUGAUAAUGAAGUUCAGAAGCUCACUGCUCUGUCGUUCCGGAGCCUCUCGUGCCCUCACGGUGGUUCCCUACAUAUGUACAGUUCUAGUAACAGGACAUCAUCUAGCUUGUCCAAUUCCUUGUCAGAAGACAGUAAUGGAAUGAACAGGUGGUCAACACGUAAUGAGCUGAGAAAAGCAGAGGUGGUCAGCCAGGCAAAGGGCAGCAGACAAUUCCCUGCUGGCAGCCAAGUCCCAGAAAAAGAUCCGCCCAGUUACUCAUUCGGGAAGGACCCGCUCAAGUGUGUUGAUGUGGCGUUGGAAAGUGCCGACGGCAAAAAGGGCCACCCCAAAAAGAGGACCGUGCCCAAGAGGCAGAUCCAGCUAAAGCAGAGAGACAGGAAUCAGAUGAGUUUCCUCAGAGCAGGGGACUGCACUGCUCAUCAGCCCUUUGCAGCACCCAGGAACAACCCCUGCCUGAAGGGCAGGACCAUCAGCGAUGAAUUCAGGAUAAACUACAAACAGUUUAUGAGAACAGCGUCAUUAGACGACUCGUACAGCAAAACCAGGAUGGCCUCCUGCCUGGUGAAAAAUGUGCUGGCCAAGAAAAUGCAGUAUGAGCAGAGGAUCAGAAUGGAGCAGAAAUCGAUGCAGGGCAGCUUGACGUCUUCUGUACCAUCCUCCGUAAGUACGGACCUUGUGGGGGAUUUCACGGAAGGGAAGUCAAGUUCUCUGUCCAAGUCCGACUGCAGCUGUUCAGCUGAAGAUCUGCAGAGUCAUUCAAUGAGUGAAAGAUCUGAGUCAAUGAGCCAAGAAAGUACCGAUGCCAUGCGGCCUACCAAAGGGGUAGUGCUGAACGAGCAGCAAAGGGAAAAUGUCUGCAAGCUGAAAAAGACAUUCAAUGAGCUGAAUGAAAGACUGAAGUCUCAAGAAGCCACCCAGUCCAAGCCACUCCCCAUCUUGGCAGAUGAUAUGAAUGGGGAUUCAGGUGACAGCAGGAAGCAGGUUGCCAGAGAGAGGAAAGAAUACUGGAGAGCUCGUGCCCUGUUUGAAUCCAAGCAGGCUGAGGUGAAAGGCUUGGGUGUCACCCCGACGUUUUCCAAAGCACAAAAGCCAUGGCCCAGUUUGAAGCAGCGAGCGAUCAGCAAGAACGAGCACAUGUCAUGGAAAGAGGAGAAGGUCCCUUUCAAGCCAAAAAGCUUGGUGGUGCCCAGGGAUCCAGCCAGGAACAUCUUCACGUCCACAACGCAGGAGAUGAAACUGAUCCCACAUAGCAAACCCGAGCAGCAACAGAAGAUGCUGAAUGUCUCCAGGCAGCUGACUCCGGAGGGAGGUGCCGAGGAGAAGAGGCCAGCAGCAGUGCAGAGCACCAAGCAUUCUGCUCUCAUUUUGCCCACUUCCUGCAGAUCACGCAGUGAUGAGAAAAGCAGACCGCCUGAAGCAUCAUGCACUCAGAAAGCCAAGAAGACAGAGAAUAAAGGGAAGGGGCGGAUACAUCAGCCCAGGGAUGUCAGAAAGUUAGUUAAGAACACCUAUAGCUUGUGCUUUAAAUCUUCAGACAGCUUCAAUAUAGACCAAGAAACCAACAGUGGGGAUAGUGUAAGCCUAUCAACAAAGGAGUCCACUGCAACCUCCCCUCUGUUUAUACACUGUACCUCGGUGUGUCGCAAAGAUGAUGUGCAAACGAAGACCCAUUCACAUGGAAAAAACUGGGAGGAGCCGCUGACCUUAGAUGUGUCAGCGGUUUCCAUACCAGAUCAGAGAGCAAGUGACCUGCAACACAGUGCCACUUUAAACCCCAUCACUAAGCCCCACGUGGAUGGACCUGCCAGUCUUACUGAAAGCAAAUGCACUGCAGUGAGUGAAUCUUCAAUGCACAUCACUCAAAUUCAGUCCAAGAAGAAGGUUGUAGCUGGGAAUGAAGAACCGCAACUAAAGCCUGAAAAUAAACAAGUGCAUUACGAGAGGAGUGAGCUAAAUGUAACACCAUCUUCCAAAGCCACGAGGAAAGCACCUCAGAUGGAAUCCCAGCUUAAUAUCAAAGUCAACAGUUCUCUUUCCAAGCAUCCACACAGAACACAAGCUGACCACUUCCCUGCUCCAAAUUACUCAGCUUCGAAUGGAAGGGCUACGAAAGACUCAUUGACACAAGCUAAUUGCAACUCACUAGAAAAAAGUGAAGCUGUUCUGUUUCCGUCUUCAGCCUCUCCUAAGGACACCAAGAACCACACUGACAUCAAUCACAACACUGCCAGGCCAGGUCACAAGGAGUCUGAGUGGCCAUUUCAGAAACAUUUAUCCACUGAGAUCAUCUCAUUGACACCUCACAACAGUCAAGACUAUUCUGUCAGUCCAAAAGAAGAAAACAAGGUCUCCGAACCGACCAAGGAAGGCUACAGACAUCUACAGCCCAUAAAGCCAACAGUGACAAGUACCCAAACAUCCCACACAAACACGCCAGCAAACAAUCAGUCUGCUAACAGUUCGCAUCAGCAGAAGGCCCAAAACAAAAUGCUUGAUGCCCCCAGGCCGUUGGAUAGCCAAGUGUUUGUGCCAGCAACCCACAUGUCUCCAGAGUGUGCCAAUUCCAAUGCCCCCUUGAGAUCAAAGGUAUACGGCGAAGGAACCAGACUACCAGGAGUUCCUUCUGCUGCACCAUCGCCCCCAGCUGGAAAGCUCCAAGAUCAGAGGGAGAAUUGGGAUCACUUGAACAGACAGCAGGCAGGAAACGAGCAAUAUUUCACAGCCACCCAUGCUGAGAAUGCCAACUAUUUAACGAUUCCUGUGAAAGCCCAGAAACCCGAAGCAGCUCCUAAGCCCUUGGUGCCCUCCCAUCCACGCCACCCUUUGGUCAGUUCCAACGUGUCCUUCCAGCCAGGCAGGGAAGCACCCAUGAGCACAAUGAGCAAUGAGUCUCCUCAGCCGAAAGCACCAGAGGGCAAGACAGCCACGGACCACGCCAUGCAGGACCAGCCAAGCCAUGUCCAGCCCCACUGCAGAGUCAACGACUCACCCAAUUUCUUGAGGAGGAACAAUGGCGUUUCACCGGGCAGCAGAAGUGCCCCUAGCCCCACCAGGUCUUUUGCUCCCCAGCCCCAGGCUCACAGGAAAAUGCUCGUUGAUCCAGACAGCGGGAAGUGCUACUACAUGGAACCUCCCAGACAGCCGCAGCUGAAAAUGCUCUAUGACCCAGAGACAGGCCAGUACCUUGAAGUGUUGAUACCACCAGUCCCCUUGGCAUCACAUAGUAGGCUUUACCCAACUCCUUUCAACCCACUGGUCAUGAAUCCAGGGGUUUAUGGACCCCCCUACAUACCAUAUCCGGGAUUCCCAGGGUUUCCUCCUCCUCCUGUGGCUGUGCCAUCCGUCCACCCCGAUCUGCCAAACCAACAGCCUGGUCAAGAAAAUACAAAUGUUACUGAAAUCUUCAGCCCUGGUCCAAAAGGCGAAGCUCCACCAGCUACUCAAGCCACCGACUGCAACUACAUGGAGAGUUUAUAUUAUAUUCCUACUGGGAUGAAUUCAAGUCCUAGCCCUAAUCAGCCUUUGUUCUCCCCAGCUGCAAGUUUCAGUCCUUCCAUGCCAGAGAAAGGGCCCUUGUUCCGGAUGUGAGACCCUCACCCAAAUGAACCUGCAGCACACGGAGGGUUAAAAUGGUGGGUUUCCCCUCAAUGAAUGUGUACUGCGUAUUUAUUUCUGACCAUUCGUACUUGAAAACAAAUCAAGCCUACACCAGUCCCCAAGAUGUGUUGGAAAAGGAGAGAGAGACCCACUGCCUGACCCUGCUGGUUACAGUUUGCUCCCCUUGUCCAGAUGUUUGGGCUUCCAAAGCAAAUCAGAGGUAACAGUGCACCAAGAAGACAGCACAGGGCACAUCACUUCCAGUUCAUCUCAUUGGUUUCUAAUGAGAAUGAAGAAUGCAAUAGCCAGACUAAUUAAAUGUAACCAGCCCUGACCAUCCUGGUGCUCGUGAAGUCAAUGGGAAUUUUGCUAUUGAUUUCAAAGGGACCAGGAUUUAGCCUAGCAGCCUCUCAUCCAUAACUGCUGAUCUGUUUCUUGAUGCACAGAACAAACUAUUCUAAUGCUGGGCCUGAUCCUGGGAGGUGCUGUUCACCAGCCACCAGAGUUAUAUGUGCUCAGCACUAAGUGGAUCAGGAUUGGGCCCUGUGCCAGGUAACAGUCAUUUUAUUUUGGUUUUUGCUUACUCUGUAUUGGUAGGAUGCUGUCCAGGAGAAACCCACUCUCUCGCUUUGAAAGACAAAACUUCCACUAGUCAGCAUUACAAAAAUUACCCACACAACCUAGUUUUUAUUUGUGAAGAUCGCUGUUUCAAGGGGCUGCAUGCAUGAAGGCUGGAAUGCAUACCGCCUCCGAGCUUGUUUUGUCCUCUCAAGCAAAGAGUCUGUGAAAAGGGGAGGGCAUGCUGCGUUAUGGGCUGUGGUCACUGGCUGUGGAAGCUGACUGUAAAAUUAUUUUAGGGAAGUUUUCUACCCUGCAGGAGGGCAGCCUGGCUGGUCACGGUGUGACAGCCUGGGAAUCUGUGAGAGCUGUUAUGGAACUUGUCCAAGUAUUUUCAAUAUUAGCAAAAAGGGUCAAUAAUCAUUUUUAAAAACAGGUUCUCAGACCUGUGGGAAAUGUUAGCUGUUUCUUGACUGCUUUGUGGGGCUGGCUGAGUGAAAUGCAGCCCUGCAGAGGGAAGGUACACCACGUAAGUCCUGCUUAAACUCUUAAGGCUCUUACCUGCCUGCUUAACCUCUUACCUGACACUGCAAACAGUUGCUGUUGGGCUUGGCUUUGCCUUUUUUUGCAAUGGUUUGUUCUUGUUCUGACAUAUUUUUCACUGCAUCGUUAUUCCUUUGGUUUCUUUGGCCUACACGCUCCCAGGGUAUGUCUAUACUGCAGUAAGGUUGGUCGCAGCUUGACGAGACAGAUUCGAGCUAGCUAGCUCCGAUGCGAGAGCAGUAAACCCACGGCAGUUUGGGCAAACCCAGCAAGUAAUUACCCAGGUUAGAUUAAAAGAUUGCAAGUUGCAACUCAAGUUGCACUCAUGCCCCGUGACUGCAGUGUAGUCAGACCUCCCCGCCCCACACCAGCUCAGAUCCUCAGCUGGUGUAAAUCAGACUGGUACCACUGAAAUCAUAUGAGGUGGUACCUGUUUUCCGCCGCUGAGGUGCUGGCCCAAAGAACUGAGUGAGAAAUAAUUAAGGAAUCUGGCGCUUUUGUCCUUUGCUGUAUAGAAAAGAAAAAUUACAGUAUAUCCAAAGCACGUCUGUUAAUAACUAUUAGGAUAAUUAAUGUAUUUAUGUACAUUGUGGCAGCGUCAAGGAGCCGCAGUCAUGGCCCAGGACCCGGUUGUGCCAGGCGCUGUACAAACACCGAACAAAAAGACAGUCCCUGCCCCAAGGAGCUUCCAAUCUAAAUAUAACAAAAGACAACAGGUGGAGACAGACAGGCAGGCAGACAAGGGGGCACAAGGAAAUAAGAAGUUCGUAUGGGUCAGCAUGGAAGGCAAUGGCUAUUUAGUAAGUUGCAUCUUAGUGCUCGGCAGAUGGUCAGUACUGGAACAAAGGGACCCAGUCCAACCCCACUGGACGUUUGGAAAAUAAGCAAGCAGUAGGAAGAGUGAGAAGAGAAUUAAUCAGUUAUUAAACUUCUUCCAGUGUAAACGAUCAGAUCUGCUGCUGGUAACCUGGGUACAGAAACUGUGUUUGAACACGGUCUAAACCUGCCUUUGUGGCCAGGGGAGGUCCUGCCUCUGUCCACAUUCAAAAUGCAGGCAGUCUGCUGGUGGAGAAAGCCCAUCACAUGCUCCAGCUCGGUGCUAGACCCAGCCUGCAGGCCCGAUCAUGCAGCCCUCCUCAGCGCAGCCCUCCUCAGCGCGAGUGGCCUUUGCCCCCCGUGGGAAUCCCACUGACAUCAGGGGCAUGGCUAGGGUGAAGAACUGUGCAUCAGAACGUGCCUCACAGGAUCGGGCCCCAGGGGUGUUUGAGCUCCAGCGUCCAGGGCAGUGGUGCAGAGCUCUUGCUGCUGCUUUGCAGACAGCUCCCUGCUCACGGGCCGGCUCACUGGUUUCCAGCUGUUCUGCAGGUGUCAGGCUCAGUGCAAGGAAGCAGCUAGAGAGGCUGGAAACAAGGCAGAACCAGCUCAGCUGCCCUUCCUAGGAGCCACUGCACCACAAGAGGAAAGGAAACCGGAGCAGCCCUCAGGGACCAGAGUCAGCCAGGGGGAAGGACUAUCUGGGGUGCAGAGAGUGAGGCUGCUAAGCAGUGUGUAGUGGGGAGAAACACGUGGCUGGUUCAGGGAAGAGGGGAGCAGAAGUGAUGUGGGGGGAGGUGGAAUGAGAGCAAAGGGCGACGGAGUUAGAGGGGAGAUUUGCCCUUCUGAGGCCAGAGUGUAAGCGGGGCCCUGUGCCGAGUUUUAACAAGGUUUAAUGAGAAUCUCUAGCUAACAGCUCAACACUGCUAUGCUUUAGAGCUGCCAGCCCUGGAGUAGCUUGGACGUUCUGGCUGGGCAGGAGCCAGAGGUGUUGGGUCCAGCCAUUCUAGACUCCUUGGAAUUGAUGUCUGGUCAGGUGAAAGGAGGGUUGACGCAGGUUGAAUAGUGAGUGCGAAAUGGGAAGGGGUAAUUUAAUAGUGGUGCUUACAGGUGAACUGCAAAUCAAGCAUGAAACCUGAGCUAAGCAGUGAUUUCGAUCCCUUAUGCCCCCGCCCUGAGAGAACGCAGCAUAGGCACGUGAAUAGGGUGACAGAGUCAUGGUGUCGAUCCUCUCUCUGCCACUGAUUCACUGGGUGAGCUUGGGCAAGUCACUCAGAUGCGGCAUGUCUCAGUUUCCCCAUCUAAGGGUUAUGAUAGUGACUCAUCUCUGUAAUGUGCCUUGAGAUCUACUGAUGAAGUGCAUUCUGUAAGUGUGAUUAUUAUUUAUCAUGCUGCCAUGGGAGGCAUUCAGCACAGAAAUGAUGCCCAGCACAGCAGGGCCCUGCCUUCUAGGCACUACUGCAGGACAAAUUCAUAAUAAGAAGUAAACCUUUACAAAUUCUUUCUAGCCCUCUUGGAAAGCCUCUCAGUACUUCCUGCUUCUCUGAUGCGAUUCCAGAAUGCAUCUUUUGGCGACAUCCAAUGGAUUACCAUGGAUUAUCCAGGCUGCACUGCGACCUCCGGUAUUUGUGAUGUCACAUCCUGGAAUCUCGUCAGAACUAACGGGAUUUCAUGCAAGGGGGCGGCAAAAGAAUCGUAUACAAGUAAAUUAAACUGUAUUUCUCUGCGGAAUGCCCAUCAUGGCCUGGCAAGAGGUGGGGAUGAGUAUCUCUAGGGAAACCUACAGCCGGAAAGCAAGACAUAUGAGCCCACUAGACCUUUGCAGUGUCAUAGAUAACACCUUUCUGUGCCUACUACAGAGCUUUUGGGAAAGUUCACUGCAGAUGAACACAGCUCAACAGCCCUUGCUAGCCUUCUAAGCCACCUUAACUUUUCAUCCCUUUGCUGUUUAUCAUGGACUGCAGCCAGGGAAAAGCUUGAUCAGCCUUCUAAAUUGCACCCAUCCUGGAACGCCUGACAUGCUGGCUCCAUGACAAGCUGACCUGUUCAGAGCAAAGGACAACAUGUUGAGCAAGCUGUAAUCCCCACCAUACCACACUAGGGCAAGCCAUAGGUCUAUGAGUACCCUAAAUCCAAUAAAGGAAGCACCCUUCCCUCCCAUAAUAUCAUAUGUUCAGUGCCAGAUCAGGAGAGAAGUGUCCUUCCUGACCCUAUCAGUGAUCAGCAGCAGCCCUGAAGCAUGAGAUUUUAUUACUCAAGAUGCUUUCAAAUAUUUUCUUUUUUAUCUUAAACCAGGGAAGUUAAAAGCCAGUAACUAUGUUAAAUGCAACAGUAAAAGCUGGGAUCUGAAAGCCACUUAUGCCUGAAGAGACUCCCACAGGAACCAUUCCACCAUCCUCAUGUGCACUGCAGUAGGGUCAGUCAUUAGGUGACCACAUAACAAUGGGGCAGGCUUGUCAUUAGAUAUAUAGGGUGGGAUUUUCAAAUGCACUCAGUUUUGAUUGGCCUAACUCCACUCUCCAUUCAAGCCAGUGGCAAAACUCCCGUUGAUUUCAAAGGGAGUAGGGUUAGGCCAAUGCAGAGAGCUUUUGAAAAUUCCCUCCUUAUUUGACAAAUAAGAACGGCCAUAUGGGGUCAGAUCAAAGGUCCAUCAAGCCCAGUAUCCUGUCCUCUGACAGUGGCCAAUGGCAGGUGCCCCAAAGGGAAUGAAUAGACAGAUCAUCAUCAAGUGAUCCAUGCCCUGUCACCCAGUCCCAGCUUCUGACAAAUAGAGGCUAGGGACACCAUUCCUGCCCAAGUAUAAGUGAAAUAGCUGGUAUUAUAGAAAUGGGCCAGACACUGAGGGGCACAACCUGCUCUCAGUUACAGUAUGUUAGCCUGAAGUGAAUCCACUGCAGGAUCCGCACUGCAGAACAUUGUGAGCUUUUAACAAAGAGAAGAAAUGUGUAAUGGGUCCAUCAUCUGGGGAAUAAAAAAAACAGAAGGCCUUUUUUCAAAGGUAAGCAUGGGUUCAUCUGCUGGAGACCCUGCUUGUGCAAUCAGACCUGCUAGUGUAGCAGGUGAGAGGGGCGUAAAUUAGGGUUAGCCCAGACAUCAAGAUUCUUCACAGGUGCUCUGGUCUGUGGGUCUGAUUGCAGGAUCAGGACAUGGCGUGAUCAGUAUUUGGAUUCCUAGUAAAUGCAAGAGCUGAUCAGUUGUCUAGUGGUGCUAAUCUGGUUUUGUUUUUUAAAUGUGAUCACGUGCGGCACCAGAAAAAAGCAACAGGAGUGACACUUGACGCUCUGAACUGCCAGGCCCUCUUCGCUCCGGAGAAUAUGCUUUGCCCAGCAAGCUGGAAAGAUAGGUUCAGAUGGACCUGCUAAAAAUGCCUUGUUGUCUCCCUUUGAUGUAUUUGUGUCUUUCCCCUGUUCCAGGAAAAUUUUGUAUACACUUGAGAAGAUGAAGACACUGAACAAAAUAGCAGGUGCUGAAUACUUUGUUUUGGUUUGUAAUGCAGAGGUUAUAUCUGCAAUGAGAUAGGACUGGACGGGACUGUCACACUGGACCCUGACCUGCUCGUGGGGCUAAAGGAACCUUUCUCUAACAUGCAUAAAACAAAUACAUUUUUAAAGGGCAAUAAAAGUGGUGAGAUUUGAAACCAUUAUAUUAAUCAUGUGUGUGAAACUGUAUCGGAAGCCACCUUACGGGGGGCGCGGUAUGUUGAUGCAGAUUCCUGAUAUGUUCGAAUUGAAUGCAAUUCUUCUGUACAGUACAGGCUGAUUCACUGAGGUGCCGAUCCAAAGCACAGAGAAGCCAAUGAAAAGCUUCCUGUGGAUUUCAAUGGGCCAUGGGCACUUUGGUAGUCAACCUGCUAUGCCAGUUCAGCCUCUGUCCCCAUUAAGGGGCUGGUCCUGGAAGCUGUCUAUUUGAGGAGCCCCAGUUGAAGAUAAGUCACCUCCGUUUGCAGGACUGGACCAUGACAGAAAACAUCAUUAAGAGACAAUCCAAAAAAACUUGAAAUCAAAUACAAUGCUGCAUGGAACAACAGCCCCAGGCUAAACCGAUACUUGUUGCAUUUCUGUAUUGCUGCACUCCACAGGGUGUUUUGGGUAGGCAAAAUAUGUAGGAUCAGGCUCUUCCUCGUGAUGAGAGCUUUACUCCUUCUUCUUUUAUUAUUUCUUUGCCUUUCUGUUGGGCUGCACAAACAGAAAUGAUUUAAGCCCCACAACGCCCCGGGAGGUAAUUAAGUGGCAUAUUAUUUUUAUUUUGCAGAUGGGAAAACUGAGGCACAGAGCUAUGCAAGCUCUGAUUCUGCACUGAAAACUGUGCAGGUGGGAGGUUCGGGGUGGGGGGGGACCCAGGUUUAAGCAAAAAUAAAAUCUAUCCACCUGGAAAGAGCAGCAACUGCCAGGAAUGGUGCCAACUGGUGCUUUAUUUGGCUAUUGUAUUCUAUUCUAUAUGGGUUCUUAUACCAUGCUCAGCAGAUCUAUGUACUGAGACCUGCCAACUCAUUUCACAGAUGCCACUGACCUGCCGUCUUCCAUUCACCAGCAGCCUGCUCCAUUUGUGCCCGUCUGAGCCAGGCUGACCUUUCCGCUGUAUAUCUGAGCCAGCUGUAGAGCCAAGCCCUCAGUGUGUGCUGCGUGGAAGG